GAUCUUACUGAGAUAAGAACCAUCAAAGCUAUAUCUCUAGUGUUUGGAUGUUAGUGUUCAUUACUGAUUCCCCCAGCCGAGAUGCACUUUUGUUUUCUUCUCUGUGACCCUAUGUGUUAGUGUUUCUUCAUCUCUCUCUCUCUCUCUCUCACACACAUAUAUUGUCACUGUGAACUUGCAAUUGCUCUCUAUCUAUCUAUCCAUCAACAAUAGGUAUGUACUUGAAGCUCUCAACUUCCUAUUCACCUAAAGGUUCCCAUCAGUUCCCUUUCUUUGCUUCUAUUUCUUUUUGUACUGCAAUGAAUGGAGUUUCCUCAUUCUUGAUUGACAUCCCACUUCAACUUCUCAAUCUCUUGUCAUCUCUACUUGGUCCUCGCAGUCAAUAGUGAGCUUUGGAAUCUCAAGUUCUACACCCUAUUCAUUCUUUUCAGUUCCAUCAUCUCUCUCUCUCUCUCUCUGUGUGGUAGUUCUUCAAUACCUAAAUCCAAGAAUUUUAAUUCAAUCAAAGCCCAUCAAUUUUUUUGUACUUUUGGUUUAAUUUUGUAUGUUUAUAAUGAAGGAUGAUGAAAUGGCCAUCCCUCACUUGUUUAGAUGCCCAAUUACUCUGGACUUGUUUACAGAUCCAGUCACUCUCUGCACAGGCCAGACUUAUGAUCGUUCCAGUAUAGAGAAAUGGAUUGCAGCUGGGAAUCUCACAUGUCCUGUCACAAUGCAGAAGCUUCACGAUCCAUCCAUGGUUCCCAAUCACACUCUUCGCCAUCUCAUCGAUCAGUGGCUUCACAUGGGCUACAGGUUCGAUCCUGAUCUCAUAAAGAUCAUAGAUCCUGACCUUUCCUUGGCUACUCUGAAGCAUAACCUUGAAUCCCAACAAGCUACCAUGACAACCAAGCUCGAAACAUUAGAGAAGAUCAAAAUCGUUUCCGAAGAAUUGCCGCUGCAAAGGUGUGGGUUGAUUCAAUUAGGCUUCUUCCAAGUACUACUUCAUCUGUUGUUCGGUAAUGGCAGUUCCCCUAUAGCCAACCUCAAAGAAGAAGAGUUAAAGAUAGCCGAGCUAGCUCUUACUUGUGUCCUCAAAUUGUUGCCUUUCAGCGAUUUGCGUUCUCUAGAUAUGCUUAAACAAGAUUCCAGUUUAGUAUUCUUUCUGGUUUUAUUACAACAGGGCACUUCCAAAGUCAAGACUAGCUUGUGCUAUCUGAUUGAGGAAAUUGCAACCUCUUCAGAAACCAAAGAUCUUUGUGAGAUGCUGGGACAAAACCCAAGAUUCCUGCAAGAACUAAUUGCUCUUCUAAAUCCGAAUGUGGGAGCCUCUGAUGCGGGAAUUAAAGCUAUAUCUGUGCUAUGUUGUUCAGAAUUGAUUCAAGAAAGUUUUGUUUCCGAAGGUCUGAUCGAUGGUCUCUUGGCUUACAUUUCCACAGUUAACAGAGGCCAAGCAUCAAUGGCAUUGGCCACUCUUGAACUCCUACUGGGUCUAGAGAAUGCUAGAAAGGCAGUGAUCAAAAACCCAAAUGCGGUUCACAUCCUAGUUAAGAUGAUUUUCAGAGUAUCUGAUCAUGAAGGCAGUGAAAGUGCGGUUAGCUCACUCCUGAUUGUAUGUUAUGAGUCUCUGAAGCUGAGGGAAGAAGCAAUUUCUGCAGGAGUAUUGACACAGCUCCUCUUACUUCUUCAGAGUCAAUGUAGUUGCAGGGCCAAAAACAAGGCAAGGGUGCUGCUUAAGCUGCUUAGAUCCAUGUGGGUUGAGGACCCAAAUGUUUGUAAACUUCAAUAUGGUCUGGUUGAUGCCUGAAUUGGAUCUCUUUUCAUUA